AUGGGUCGUGUGUUUCUGAUAGAGCCUGUGAUUGGCCUUUAUGCAUUUACCAUUUUUAUGAUCUACCCACUGCUCCAACAGUAUGUUUACCGUAGACUGUGGUUUCAGCUGAGUGGCACACCCUACCCGGCUGAGAGCCUGUCCCAUUGCUCAAACAACCACAGCAAUUUGUCCAUACACCAGGCAGUACAGAGGGAGACAUCUAUUUUCCUCCUCCAGAAUCAACUUUUCUUUCUCAUCCCCAGUCUCAUAUCCGCUCUGCUCCUGGUCUCAUGCAGUGACCACUACGGGCGUAAAGUGGCCAUCGUUUCCCCUCUGGUGGGUGACACUCUAUUCACCCUCAGUUAUUUUGUUGUCAGUAUAUUCUCCCUCAACCUCAAAUACCUGCUAGCUGCCUCCUUCAUAACCGGCAUGAUGGGAGGACCCACCUCUCUGAUCGGAGGAUGUUUUGCUUACGUUGCCGACCUCUGCGGAAAAGAUCCGGAAGGACAGAAGACUGUCCGAAUGGCCCGCCUGGAUAUGAUUCUCGGUGUGUUAUCUGGUUUAGCUUCUCUUUGUACUGGAUUCUACAUUAAAGUGGCAGGCUUCAGCUGGCCCUUCCUUACGGCGGUAUUUCUGCAUCUUCUGAACCUUUGCUACGUAUUGGGGGUUUUAAAGGAGUCCCUGGUUCUUCCAAGUUCUCCCCAGUCUACAUCCAUCACAUCUGAAGCUCCUCGGAUGCGUCGGCCUGGAGCGCUGUGCGCCCGUCUGCAGGGGGUUUACCUGCUGUUUGCGGCUUCCACGUGGCAGCGGAACACAGUGCUCCUGCUCUUGCUAGCUGCUUUUGCCUCUUAUAAGUUCUCCUUACAAGGUGGCAUGUUUAUCUUUAUCUUGUAUGAAUUAAACACACCUCUGUGCUGGAGUGAGCUGCUGGUGGGCUAUGGCUCGGCUCUUUCCACUGCCAUCUUCCUGGUCAGUUUUGCUGGUGUGGCACUGCUGUCACGCUGUCUGCAUGAUGCCUACAUCAUUCUGCUGGGCCUGAUGUCUGUGGCAGGCGGUCUUAUCAUGGCAGCGUUUGCAAAAUCUACCCUGCUCAUGUUCUUAGUGCGACUGCCUUUGCUGCUGUCCAUCAUGCCAACCCCUGUCCUACGAUCCAUGAUGUCCAAAUUAGUGGCUGGAUCUGAACAAGGUGCCAUGUUUGCGUGUGUAGCCUUUGUGGAGAUUCUGAGUGUUGGUGUUUCAUUCAUAAUGUUCAGCAGCAUCUACGCCGCAACACUGUCCUGGUUCUCUGGGUUUACCUUCCUGGUGGCUGCAGGUCUCACUGUCAUACCAGCUGCCCUGAUGUGUGUGACUCUGUGUCUGCGUCUGGAUGCAUAUGAAGAAUCCAGCAUACUGAUAGAAGAAAGUGCAGAUAAUCACACUGAAAUCUUUGAGCUUCCACCGUGA